GUAGUCGCCAACAUCUUUUAAACAAACAGCACCCUCGCUUAAAUCUUUUUAUUUUCGACUCUAUUUUUUUUUUUUUUUUCAACUCUUUACUACAUAAAACAAGUCCAUGCUCCCCCUUUGGUUAUCCUCUUGGUAUCAACAACAGCAAGUACAGUCUCAGGAACCUUUUAAUGAUCAAUAUGAAGCAGCUGACGGAGAAGGAGACUGGGUGGAGGUUAUCACUCCAUCCAUCAAGAGACGACAACCAAUAAGUAAUGACAAACAUAAUGAAGUGCCAACACCAGAGCCCAUUGAAUCCUCGUCCUCCGCAUCCACCACAGCAGUAACGGACCCUGUUGUUAAAGGUUUGUCAAGACAGGAAAGAAGGGCAAAGGCACGUUUUGCAGUGAAGGAUAAGAAAAAGCAGGCACGUAGUGCUGCCAUGGUAAUCAAUCGUAGUAGGGUUAAAGGCGCCUUGGCUUCAUCCACCUGUCUUUCCUCGAACCUAUUAACUAUCGACCAUUAAUCCCUCUCCCAUUUUUUUUUAUAUCUUUUUCUUUUUCUUUUUUUUUUUUAAACAAAACAUACACCCUUUUUUUUUACAUUUUAACUUUUUUUUGUCCCUCUCAC